UAUUGUGACAGAAUCACAGAACUACAGAGGACAGAGCCAAUAACAGCACAACUCUCUCUCUCUCUCUCUCUCUCUCUCACAAAGCCAUGAUCGUCUGCGUCGCCGUCGUCGGCCACCAGAACAAUCCUCUGUACAUACAAAGCUUCACGGAAGCCGAUGAUGCUCUCAAGCUCCACCACAUCGUACACUGUUCCCUCGACGUCGUCGACGAACGAGUGAACAAUCCGAAAAAAUCUGGAUCAACUCUCAAUGAGACAUUUCUGGGUCUUCUUUAUCCUACUGAAAAUUACAAAGUGUAUGGGUAUCUGACUAAUACUAAGGUGAAGUUUAUAUUGGUGACAACGGAUCUAGAUGUCAGAGACGCCGAUGUUCGAAAUUUUUUCAGGAGGUUCCAUGCUGCAUAUGUAGAUGCAGUUUCAAAUCCAUUUCAUGUGCCAGGUAAAAAGAUAACGUCCAGAACUUUUGCUGAAAGGGUCAGCACCAUAGUCAAAUCUUUUGGGUCGAGUUCAGCUGGGUGAAUAACUGCUGCCACUGUCCAAACUAAACUUUUUUGAAUCUUCCUUUUGUGAAGCUGGUUGAAUUUUUUUUUUUUUCUUCUUAUGCACUCUUGUUUUGCCUAGGAUUUGGGUUUUAGUAAUCAUCCAUGUGAAUCUUAGAAAAAUUUUAGAGAUUGUAACAUUUAUCCUUAUAUAAAACUUCAUUCUGAGUGAUACUGGAGAUAGAAACAAGUGAUCGUAUUAUUUCUUGUUACCUUGCAGGUAGAAAUUAUCUUUUUUCAGUUAAUACUUG